AUGACGAGCUCCCGAGCGCGGGAGUUGGCCGUGGAGCUCGUGCUGGAUAGAGAGCUGAUGUUGCCGGCUCGCCUGGGGUUCCGAGUCUUCUUGGAAGUCUCCGAGCAGGCGUGCUUCCGGAAGAUGCGCAUCCUGACGCAUCCAGACAAAUGCUCUCCCGAGCGCAAGGCACGGGCCGAGGAAGCGUUCAAAGAAUUGGACAACCUCUGGGACCUCUUCACACUCCUGCCGGGCAUCUUCAACAACCUCCGUCACGCGUCGUUGCGCUCAGCCCGGGAAGAAGCUUUGUUCCAGGAGCUCCGCAACCCUGCGCCGGAGGCUGCUCCGAAAGCUACAUCGCCGCCGCCUCCGACAGCUACGCCGCCUCCGACAGCUACGCCGCCUCCGACAGCUACGCCGCCUCCACCGCCCCAAGCUGCAGGACCGGAGCCCGCUCCCAAGGCGAAAGCUGCUGCUAAGGCGAAGAGGGGGCCAGGCCGGCCCCGAAAGGGUCCUCCGCCGCAGGAGGCGAGUUCUGGUCAGGCUUCGACCGGGAAGCGCAACAGGAUCGACAGCGCGUCUUUGGUCAACGAGCCGUUGAACCCCGGCAGCAUCCGGAGCUUCAUGGCCUUGCGUGCCUCGAGAAAGGCCGUGCUCCCCAGCGGCUACACCCUCUUCGAGACGCUGGGGAUCUUCUUGCUGCGCGAGGCCGGCGGCUACAUGAAAGUGGCCUGGCGCGACAACCUCCUUCCGGGCAACUAUCUUGGCCGCCGCUUCUCGGGCGUGGAGCACGACAAGGAGCCGCCGGAGGAGAUCGACUUCUUCGAUGUGCCCCACUGGCACGCUUGCACCUCGGCCUUCGCGCAUUGCCGACUCGUCAAGGAGAUCUGCCGCGCGGGUCUGAAGGACUUGGUGGACGUGGACGUGGUCAACAGCGUCUUCUCGCAGUUCGAGGCCAACUUCGAGGAGUGCCCCGACGUGGUGAGGCGCUACAACGCGGACCGCGACGGCAUGAUCGCGGCGGUGCGCGAAGCCUACGGCUGCUCCAAGGAUGUUCUGAGCUACGAGCACGAUGGCCUUGGCAUCCAGCUGAACGGCUUGAGCGAGGCUGCUCUCCUGGAGGCGUUGAACCUCGACCCGAUCGUGAAGGUGACGAUCAAACGCCCCCAGGACCCGGUGAAGCUGGCGAAGGAGCAGUUUCCGGAAGAGGAGUGGGAGGCGGUUUCGAGCCUCUCUUUCGAUGUGGCCGAACUGCACCGGGCGCUCUUGGUGACCCGACGGUGCAUGACGGCGCCUGAGGAGGACGCACCGGCGCCGCCCAGCGCCACGGACAACGCCGUCGACUUCGGCAAGGUCCUGGCCUCGCGCUUGGAGGGGGACGUCCUGGUGCCGGAAACCGACAACGUCUUCCUGCAGUACCUACCGGACAAGGGGCGGUGGGAGGCACAGAAGAUCUGUGACAAGGGCCUGCAUGGUUUCGCCAGGCAGUACAGCCACAUCUUCGAGCUCGUGCACUGCCGUUGGGAGGACGGCGUGCUGAAGAUGCACUCUACCGGGUCCAGGCUCAGACCGCACGUGGAGGCCACCCCGCCGCUGGGCAAGCCGGUGUUCCUGAACACCCUGGCGCACGAGACCCUGAUCUACCUGAGGUGUCCCGCGCCCAAGCUGGACGACCCGCUGCGCACCAACCACCGAGUUCUCUUCGAGGAUGGCUGGGUCUACGACUUCCGCGACGGCAGCUUCUCCCGCGCCAAGCGGAGCGACUUCUUCAAGCGCAGCCUGCCGUGGAAGCAUCGCCGUCCGGAAUGGUGGGGGAACCAGGAGAUGCGGGUCAUCCAGCUCAUGGAGAAGCUCUCCGCCUACGACCCCUUCUUGAAGUGGUUGCUUGCCUCCAACGAGGACGUGGACGAGGCCGUCUACGUGGGGAAGAACCUCGCCCGGGCGCUCGCGGGCCAUCCGGCCUUCUGUGAGCUGAUGUGGAACUGCGGGCCCGCGCAGAGCGGUAAAGACCUCGGCGUGUCCAUCAUGCAGCAGCUUGCCGGCACAGGUUCCACGGGUGGCUACUGCGCGGCUUUGAAGUGGGCCUACUGCAUGAAGGGCGCCAACACGGCCAUCGAGGGCUGUUCGCCUUUCCUCUCAGCCACCGAUGGGGCUCGCUUCGUCUUCAUAUCGGAAGUCCCCAACAGACGGAUUUCAAUGGCCCUCUUGAAACCCCUCUGCGAGCAGAGAGGAGCGGAGAUAGCAUCUCGAGGUCUCUACCGCGGCGGCAACGAGGCAUUCACCCCGACGGCUCUCAUAGUGCUGACGUCGAACUUCCAGCCUCGCCUUGCCCACGACGAGCGCCAGGACACCGGAAGCUCCACCAGGGUCAACGUGAUCGCCGCCUCCAGCGUCUUCACCGAGAACGUGCACUUGGCCACUCAUCAACAGAGCGACUCCCGGUUGGCUGACGAUGUGCGCGAGGGCAAGCUCACGGCCUGCGCUUUCUACUGGCUCGCGGAGUUCUACCACUUGCUGGACUUGGUGCCGCACACAAGAAACGUCGCACCGCGACCAGAUAGAAUCAAGCAAGUGUCGGAGCUUUGUUUUUUCGUCGCGGCGGAAGAGAGCAAAUGGCUCACAUGGCUGUCAAAAAUUCGCUACACGGACGACAUCGAGGAGGCCUCGACCAUCGCCGAGGUCCACGAGAGCGGCAGGAGCGCGCUGCAGGGCUCCGAGGAGGAGGGGCAGUUGAUGCCGAACCUGACCAAUGCCGGCUUCACGGACAAGCCGCGCGAGGCGACCAAACGGGUCUACAAGCGGCUGGUUCCGGGCCCAGAUGGCACGCAGGUUCUGAGGAUGGUGAUCGCUCCGCCACCGGAGCCGCAUCGCUUUGGCUACGAAGAUCCCCUCUAG